AUGAAAAAUUAUCCGUAUAAAAGCGAACGACCGAGUCUCGAAUUCAUCCGUUCAUUCGGCAUUCAAUCCGGAAGGGAACUCAUGUUAUUCAAUCUUCUCACUACUCUCAGCGUUUCGGAUGAGUUAUUUACAUCCACUGUUCUUGCGACGCUGCCUGCAUGCACAAAAUGUCCGGCAAGAGCGGAGCAUAUUCUCGUCUCAAACCAUGCACAGUCAAACCGUGUCUCGUUGGAGGGAUUUCCGUUUGUGCUGAAGGAUACUCGACGAAACUGGGCACCCGGGGAGCCGAGUUCCGAUAUGAGUGUGGCCUAUGUGGCAAAGCAAUACCUUUCUGGAACAAAUCCACAAGGAGGUGCGUCGCUUCCCAUUGGAUCGUGGGAUAAUUUUGGAUUUUAUGCGAUAAAUUGUGCUGCUCUUUGUGAAGUGAUCACAGCACAAAGUGGAAAUGGUUGUGGAGUCGACUAUAAGCCGUGUGCUGCUGCAGUAAUGGAAACCCCCAAAACAUGUUUGGAUUGCUCGGCGACAACUCCUCCAAUUCAACUUAUGAUGCCGAGUGAUGCAAGCUUGUACACUAGUGAGUUCAACAUGAUCCCUACACCAAAAAGAAAC